GAAGAGGAAAUCUGGAGAAGAAUAUCCAUUACUAAAUGCAAUUAAAGGGGAGGGAAAAACAGCAGCAACUUACUGCAAUUCUUGUAAAGAGCUUUGCUAAACCUCUGGGAAUAGAAGCCACUGAUGCUUCUGGUUCCAGAAUUGUUCUUAAUUAUCUUAUUGCUCUAUUCUCUGUUUUUCCAGUGAACUUCCCUUGGUUCUAAAAAUCAUCACAUUUUGCAGACAAAUGAGGUGGAGAAGCAAACUCUGAGGGCUUUGCAGUCCAGGCACCUUGGAGGAGGAAUAUCUGGCACCAAAUUCCUGUAGAUCAGUGGGUGUUUACUGAGGCUGGACCAUUUCUCAGAAGACAGGAUUUUUGUCAGUAUUUAGUGGUUCUAAGAAGACAAAUUACUUGAAAGACUGCUGGCUUAUCAUGUCCUCCAUCCUUGGGAAGAUGAAGAAGUUUGGCAGUUUUGACAUGGAGGAAUCUGAAGUGACAGAUGAACACACAGAUGGGGAGGACUCUGUCCAGGAAGCCCCUGACAACCCCCAGGGCCCACUCAGCUCCCGGCUGCACCCACCCAAAAGCAACAUUUUUGCAAGACGGGGCCGCUUUGUGAUGGGGGACAGUGACAAGGACAUGGCUCCCAUGGACUCCUUCUGCCAGAUGGAUCACCUGAUGGCACCUUCUGUCAUCAAAUUCCACGUGAAUUUGGAGAGGGGCAAACUUCACAAGCUCCUAUCUACAGAUUCCAUCACAGGCUGCUCAGAAAAAGCUUUCAGAUUUUAUGACCGCAGAAGGAUCUUUGAUGCUGUAGCCCAAGGCAACACAAAGGACCUCAGUGACCUGCUACUCUACCUUAACAGAACCUUCAAGCAUCUCACAGAUGAGGAGUUCAAAGAGCCUGAAACUGGCAAAACCUGUUUACUGAAAGCCAUGCUGAAUCUACAUGAUGGGAAAAAUGAUACCAUUCCCUUGCUGCUGGAUAUUGCAAGGAAAACUGGAACUCUGAAAGAGUUUGUUAAUGCAGAAUAUACUGACAACUACUACAAGGGCCAGACUGCUCUUCACAUUGCCAUCGAGAGGAGGAACAUGUACCUGGUGAAGCUCCUGGUCCAGAAUGGAGCAGAUGUUCAUGCCAGAGCCUGUGGGGAGUUCUUCAGGAAAAUCAAAGGGAAAUCUGGCUUUUAUUUUGGAGAGCUGCCUUUGUCCCUGGCUGCCUGCACCAACCAGCUCUGCAUUGUGAAGUUCCUCCUGGAGAAUCCCUACCAGGCAGCCAACAUUGCUGCUGAAGACUCCAUGGGCAACAUGGUCCUGCACACACUGGUGGAGAUUGCAGAUAACACCAAGGAUAACACCAAGUUUGUGACCAAGAUGUACAACAACAUAUUGAUCCUUGGUGCCAAAAUUAAUCCCAUCCUCAAGCUGGAAGAACUCACCAACAAGAAAGGGCUGACUCCUUUAACUCUGGCAGCCAAAACAGGGAAAAUAGGGAUUUUCGCUUACAUCCUCAGACGGGAGAUCAAAGACCCCGAGUGCAGACACUUGUCCAGGAAGUUCACUGAAUGGGCCUAUGGACCUGUCCACUCCUCUCUUUAUGACCUGUCCUGUAUAGACACCUGUGAGAAAAAUUCAGUGCUGGAGAUCCUUGCCUACAGCAGCGAGACACCAAACCGUCACGAGAUGCUGCUGGUGGAGCCCCUCAACAGGCUGCUGCAGGACAAGUGGGACCGCUUUGUCAAGCAUUUGUUUUACUUCAACUUCUUCGUCUACACCAUGCACAUCACCAUCCUCACUGCAGCUGCUUACUACAGACCUGUACAGAAGAAUGAAAAGCCUCCCUUUACCUUUGGUUACAGUACUGGGGAAUAUUUUCGAGUAACUGGAGAGAUCCUGAGUGUACUGGGAGGCCUCUAUUUCUUUUUCAGAGGGAUCCAGUAUUUCGUGCAGAGGCGCCCAUCACUCAGGACACUGAUAGUUGAUGGCUACAGUGAGGUUCUUUUCUUCGUCCACUCCCUGCUCCUGCUGAGCUCUGUGGUGCUCUACUUCUGUGGCCAGGAGCUCUACGUGGCUUCCAUGGUGUUCUCCCUGGCCCUGGGCUGGGCCAACAUGCUCUACUACACGCGGGGCUUCCAGCAGAUGGGGAUUUACUCGGUCAUGAUCGCCAAGAUGAUCCUUAGAGAUUUAUGUCGCUUCAUGUUUGUCUAUCUUGUAUUCCUCUUGGGAUUUUCCACAGCUGUGGUGACUUUGAUUGAAGAUGACAACGAGGGGCAGGAAACAAACAUCUCUGACUAUGCCAGGUGCUGCCACUUGAGACGGGGCCGCACCUCCUACAACAGCCUCUACUACACCUGCCUGGAGCUCUUCAAGUUCACCAUUGGCAUGGGGGACCUGGAGUUCACAGAGAAUUACAGGUUCAAAUCUGUGUUUGUCAUCCUGCUGGUGCUCUAUGUCAUCCUCACCUACAUCCUCCUGCUCAACAUGCUCAUUGCACUGAUGGGAGAGACUGUCAACAAAAUUGCACAGGAGAGCAAGAGCAUCUGGAAACUCCAGAGAGCCAUCACAAUCCUGGACAUUGAGAACAGCUACUUGAACUGUCUGAGGCACUCGUUCCGCUCUGGGAAGCAGGUCCUGGUGGGGAUCACCCCUGAUGGCCAAGAUGAUUACAGAUGGUGCUUCAGGGUUGAUGAAGUGAACUGGUCCACGUGGAACACUAAUCUGGGCAUCAUCAACGAGGACCCUGGGUACUCUGGGGACCUCAGACGAAAUCUCAGUUUCUCCAUUAAGCCUGGCAGAGUUUCAGGGAAGCACUGGAAAACAUUGGUUCCACUUCUAAAAGAUGGAGAGAAGAGGAGAGAAGAGCCUCACAAGCCACCAGAAGAAGUCAAAUUAAAACCUGUUUUGGAACCUUAUUUUGAGCCAGAAGAUUCUGAGGAGUUGAAAGAGUCAAUUCCAAAGUCAGCCUAAUUCUGAUUGCCUGUGCUGGUCCUCACAAAAGGGACAAUAGAGCAUUUCAUGUACAGGAACAGGGACUUCUGGAAAAAGGUCAGAGGACUUAGGGAAUUACCAUGUGCAAGGAUUUAUUUAUUACACUAAGUGUGCUAAAUAAACUAUUUGUUGUUUAA